AUGGGUUUCACCGACUUCGUCUCCGACAGUGGCCUCACAAUCCUGAACAACUGGCUCAAGACCCGUUCAUACAUUUCUGGCUUCCAGCCAUCUCAAGCCGACGUCGUCAGCUUCAAGGCCCUGAAAGAAUGUCCCCCAGUCGAACGCUACCCUCAUGCCUACCGCUGGUACAACCAUGUCAAGUCAUAUGAGGCCGACUUCUCGACAUUGCCAGGCGACCCAUCCAAGCCCUUUACGACCUACGGCCCUGAGGCGGUUGCCGUAGCUCUGAAUCCCAAGGACGCGCCCGAAAAGGCCGAGGAGGACGAAGACGAGGUCGAUCUCUUCGGCUCUGACGACGAAGAGGAAGACCCUGAAGUCGUGGCUGAGCGAGAGAAGAGAUUGGCAGAUUACAGGAAGAAGAAGGAAGGCAAAGCCAAGCCUGCCGCCAAGUCCAUCAUCACGCUAGACGUGAAACCAUGGGAUGACGAGACGAACAUGGACGAGUUGGUGAAAAAUGUGUUGGCGAUCGAGAUGGACGGGCUCGUGUGGGGUGCGCACAAGCUGGUCCCUGUUGGCUUUGGCAUCAAGAAGAUGCAGGUCAACCUGGUUGUCGAGGACGAGAAGGUGUCUUUGGACGAGCUGCAGCAGCAGAUUGAAGGGGACGAGGAUCACGUCCAGUCCACUGAUGUCGUGGCCAUGCAAAAGCUGUAA